AUGCUCUGGGUGUCAGCUGACCCCGGAAGCGGCAAAUCGGUACUCGCAAAAUAUCUAGUCGACCUAUUUCCAACAACGGAAGCAAGAACGACUUGCUAUUUCUUUUUCAAAGAUGAUUUCGAAGGCCAAGGGAGCGCCAUCACCGCUUUAUGCUGCAUUUUAUUCCAAUUGUUUGAUGCCAAACCUGCGCUGCUCUCCAAAUAUAUUGUUGAUCGUUUUGAAAUUGCGGACGAUGGUUUCACAGGCUCUUUUGAGGAACUUUGGAACGCCUUCAAGAUGGUGGUAAAAAACGACACUGGCGAAAUUGUUUGCAUUAUCGACGCACUCGAUGAGUGCAAACAUGGCGAGCGAUUUCAGCUUAUAGAGAAACUGAGGCAGCUUUACAAUAACAAAGGCGCAUCUAAGUUCAAUCUUAAACUCCUGAUAACGAGUCGUCCCAUCCGUGAAAUCCGCCUUGGUUUUCAUCAUACGGAAAUCUCAGCAGCCUCUCUCAUUCACUUAAACGGAGAAAGCGAAGCCGAAAUUAAAAAAAUAUCUAAAGAAAUCGGGAUUUUUAUCGAAACUAAAGUUCAAAAUAUAGGAGAGAAGUUUGGCUUGACGACAAAGGAGAGGGACUUAUUAUUGAAAAAACUUACAAGCGUUCCAAAUAGAACAUACUUGUGGGUUUAUCUCACGCUAAACUUGAUAGAGAACGACGCUAGUACCCAUAUUACUAUUGACACCCGCGAAAAUAGAAUGCUCGAGAUUGCCUCUCGCCUUCCAAAGACAGUUGAUGAAGCUUACGAGAGGAUCCUAUCCCAAAGUUAUGAUCAAGUGCAAGCAAAGCUGAUCUUGCAAAUUUUGGUCGCUGCGGCACGGCCGUUACGCCUACGAGAGAUGUGGUUGGCGAUGCAGUUAGCUGUCGAUAGCACCUGCACAUCUUACCGUGAUCUCAAAAUGCAAGACCGAGAACUUAUGGCGGAUCCAAAAGAUUUGAAGGAACUAGAGGACCGAAUUCAGAAUGACAUCCGGGAUCUCUGCGGGCUCUUCGUUGUUGUCAUUGAAUCCGCCGUUUAUUUGAUCCAUCAAACUGCGAAAGAAUUCCUGGUUACCCAAAAGAUGAGACGUUCCCGGAGCUCUACUAAUAAUCUUCAAUGGAAAGGUUCUCUUCUGCUAUGGGAAUCACAUCGCAUAUUGUUCUCUAUUUGCAUGCAACAUCUUUUUUUCGAGGAGCUUCAGAAUGAGGCAUGCGUACCUGAAAAUAGCGGUAACGUCGUCGAGAAAAAAAAUAAACUCGCUUCCGAAUAUGUUCAAAAGUAUAACUUUCUCAGCUACUCCGCUAAUAACUGGGUGUCCCAUCUCAAGGACGCUCAAAUGAAUCUCGAUAAGGCAACAGUAGAUCGGAUCAUACCACCUGUUGCCUUCGACAAACUCAUGCUAGCCUCUUAUUUUGGAAUUCGCGAGGUAGUCAAAACCCUACUUAAGGAGUGGGCUUACGAUUACGAGAUAAAUAAAAGGGAUUUGACAAAUGGCCGAUCAGCGUUAUCAUGA